AUAACAGCAGCAUACACUGUAUGUAAACUAUUGGGUAGUCUUUAAAAACGUGUGUAAAUAAACUAAGUAUAUUUCAUAACCGGUAAUACAUUUCUUAUUCAGAGAAAAUUUUACAAAUUCUCGUGCGAGCGUACCCGUAUCCAUGCCCGGAACUGUUAACUUCAGUUAAAAUCCCUCUUACAUCUGGCAAAUUAGACGAACUUCCUUCACUUUAAUCCCUGCCUACUCCGUCAGGCGUUCACGUAUGGUUUUUGCGCGUGCCAGUUUUGGAGAGGUCGGUGCCAUCUCCACUCGCCUAGGGGGGAAAGGUACUUGUUUCUCAAAGCGGUAACUCAAGGAAAUUGACAAAAAUGCAUAGGACUUCUCCACAGAUGAGCCGGCCGUCAUAACCACCCAGCCCGGACAACCACGACGCCGUUCCGACCGAAACGCCUUUCUCCCGCCGCGCUGCACACCGCUGACACCCUGGGACCUGACGUCACCAUGGAGACGGUGGUGAUCGUGGCCAUCGGGGUGCUGGCCACCAUCUUCCUGGCCUCCUUCAUCGCCCUGGUGGUGGUGUGCCGACACCGUUACUGCCACCCGCACCACCUCCUGCAACACUUCCACUCCAAGCCCAAUGGACUGACCUGCUGGUUUGAAGCUAUCAGUCUGUGGAUCGAACAGAGCGACUUCACAGCACUAAGGCCUAACGUUGACCUGAUCGGUGCCAUGGAGACCCAGAGUGAACCAUCAGAGCUGGAGCUGGAUGACGUGGUCAUCACCAACCCCCACAUCGAGGCCAUCCUGGAGAACGACGACUGGAUCGAGGACGCCUCUGGUUUGGUUUCACAUUGUAUCUCCAUUUUAAAGAUCUGCCACACCUUGACUGAAAAGCUGGUUGCCAUGACAAUGGGCUCAGGUGCCAAGGUCAAAGCCCCGGCCAGCCUCAGUGACAUCAUCAGUGUGGCUAAACGUAUCAGUCCAAGGGUGGAUGACGUCGUGCGGUCCAUGUAUCCGCCGCUGGACCCCAUACUGCUGGACGCCAGGGCCACCGCCCUGCUCCUGUCCGUCAGUCACCUGGUGCUGGUGACCCGCAAUGCCUGUCACAUGUCUGGCAGCAUGGACUGGAUCGACCAAUCGCUACACGCCGCAGAGGAUCACAUGGUGGUGCUGCGAGAGGCGGCGUUGGCUUCUGAACCGGAACGGAAUGUACCUGGAAUGGACUUACAGAGAGAGCAGGCCAUCUAGGAUACACACACAUAAAGACAUGCAUACACACACACACACACACACACAGAACCACACAUACCCACAAACACACAGACAUAUCUAGACUCCAGCAAGCCUAGCGCAUACACUCCUUCACGUAGCACAUAAAGUGCUUUGUAACAGACACAUGAACAUGCACAGACACACAACGUGGGCACAUACACAAGGCUCAACACAUUCCCAAAGCCUUAUGCUGCAGAUUAACAUAUGGGUUGCCAGAUUCUAGAAACAGACCGCAGUUGGUUGUAGAAACAGAUGGGUUACCAGAUAAUGUGCACUUUUGCCCUUGUUCUUUUCACUUUUCCAAUGUUUCUGGUUUUGUAUAUACUGUAGCCAUAUUAAUGAUGCAUGUUACAAAUAUGAUUGAUAGAGACGUUAUGUUACACACUCAGAAUCAAGUUUUCUUGUAAGUGGAGAACUCCUUGAGGCAGGCACGUGUUGCCAUGGACAACGGACCCCUUGAUAUUCAUGGCUGUGUGUUCUCCUCCCGACGGAGGUUUGUGAUCUCCCCAUUGGGGGUGAACAGACACGGGAAAACCCUGGACACCCAACAGCCUGGGAAACACACGGGCCACUCCGAAACAAGGAGUCAGGAGAAGCGUCCACACCCGAAAGGCGUUGAGUGUUUUUGUGUUGAGGUGGACGAAUGGGUGAAUUGGCCGUGAGCAAGGGUAAACAUUUCCUAUCUGGUUGGGGGGGGGGUUAUUUGUUAGCAGGGCUAAGUGAGGUGCUGGUGGAUUAGCAUGCCUUGUGUGAUGUCAUCGGGAGCACAGCCUCUACAUGAAUGCUGUAGGUGUGACGGAAACCCGAGAUCGACAAUCAGGGCAUUACCCGGCAUCGCCACACCUCACAGAGCACCGGUAACUCUAGGCACGCAUUUAAACAGGGAUUCACGCCCAACAGCCUAGAGACAGCAGGCAGACUGUCCACACACGUGUUAGCAGAGAAGUCUGGUGGAUUUUUCCACUCUGACUAUCUGUUGUGCCAGCAAUGCCCUCUUCCUUCAUAUAUUCCCAUUUAAAUUGAGCUCUGAAACCAGGCCUGAAACAAGACUGGAGGUCUGUGCUGGAAUGGAAGCCAUCGAUUGAGAUGAAACAAAGACUUUGUUUUCCUGGUUUAUGUUGUUUAUUAGGAUUGAUUCUGUCUUUAUAUUCUGUAAGCACUCCUGGGUCUCUGUCCCCAAAUUGGUUGUUACGGAUGUCAACUCAUCUUUCGAUCCCUCCUCUUUUUUCAUAUGAAUCUUUAUGUUCUUCAUUGAUUUGUACAGGUAAAUUAAAGUUCCAUAGGAAAAUGUGUAAUGCUGCUCUUAUUUUUCAGUUGACAUUUCUGAGGGAGUCCUUAGUCAGUCAGAAAACCACACUCUAAUCUAAGCUCUAGGAAUAUAUGAUUGAUGAUUGAUUGGGCAUUGGGAAGGUUGACCUGACUGAAGUUAGCUAAAGGCAGUCCCAUCUCUCGACUGGCGAGAGAAGGAUUAAGGCCCAAAAGUACCUCAUUAAAUUAGA